AUGAAUGUCUUCAAUCCCAAAAUUCUUGAUGCCAGCAUUCGCGACGUGACCUCCGGUCUCGCUGACGAACAAAAGGUGGACGUACUUCUGUACGCCAUAGGACACCUGGACUUCCAGCGCUCCAGGACACUGAUAGAAAACGCGGUUCAGUCUUGUCUGUUAAUAAAUAAGUUAUCGCCUGCAAAUGCCACGAAAGCCCGUUUGAUGAGAGCCAAGGCUAGGCUCGCCUCGGGUCUUCAUGUUGGCGCACACCAAGACCUCAGGGCUAUCCUUGCGCUCGAGCCUGAGCAUCCAGGGGCGAAGGAACUCAUGCUGCAGCACGUCGGGGAUCCAGGAAAGUCGUCGGUCGAGCCGAACUCCACGCCUGGGUUCUCGACAGAAGUAUGGAGGGAGAUCGCAUCCUGGUUGCCACCAGCGGACCUGAAAACGCUUCUACUCGUACCGCACGUCCUUUCGCGCAUCGCUAGCCAGCUUCUCUUCCAGAAAAUCGACAUCUAUUUCACUUCAGAGAAAUGGGAGUCUCAGCGCAGUGCCGACAUCCUCACUCGUAUCAUCACCGAUCCUGAGUUUGCAAAGCAUGUCAGGACGUUGCGAAUUUUCUAUCAAGGACGGGAUAUCUUUCCAAUGACCUUCCAGACUGGGAUGUUGUCCAAUGCGCUGCCAAUGCUGGUCAAUCUGAAGAACGUCCACUGUGCGAUGAGGUGGAGGGAUCUGCUUGCGGUUGUCAAAAUCCUCGAUAAUGUCAAUAUUCGGCUACGGGGUCUGUCGUUGAUGCCGUCGGACGGGACUUCCGAUCUGAGAUUACCAAAAUUCAGACAUAUCACCCAAUUUUCGAUCGUCUCGAAAGGAGGAAGCCCCUCACAAGUGAACGACUUCCUACUGCAGAACAAGACGUCCAUCCGCGCGAUAGCCAUCCACAACUUGAGCUGGACCUUCCCGUCAGAAGUGAUCUCCAUCCGCAACCUCACGCAUCUAGAUUUCCUCGGCGCGUUUCCGUUGGACUCCGGCGUGUUCGCUGAGAUCCUCCAGAAUGGGCACCAGAUUGAGUCCUUGCGUCUGCAGUGUGUGCUGGACUGUGCACCGUCCUCGCAAUUCCGUGACUUCCCGAGAUCGCUGCCCUUCCUGCGGCAUUUCGCGUUUUCACUCCUCGGCUACAGUCUGAACGACCAUGACCUAUUCCCUGCGGUGUCAGACUUCCUGCGCGAUCGCAAGGAUCUGCGCACGCUGCAGCUCACUGUGCCCAGCGCGGACUAUGCGCAACGCCGGCUGGGCUACGACGCGACUGUGUGGGGUGUCCUGCCAUCGCUUGUUGGUUUGAAAAGUCUGACCGCGACGCUCCCGAAGGAUGUCGCUGCGGCCGUCGCGAUGUGGUUGGUCCCACGGGGCGUGGAGGCUCUCUCCCUCUUGGCAGCAUCGUCAUCCACAGAAGCGCUUGGCUUCGUCUCGCAAUUGCGCCCGGGCCUGCCACCCUCGCUGCAUUUCAUCGGGCUCACGCACUUCUCCGCCGAGGACGUCACGGCGGUGAUCGAGACCGGGUUCCCGAUGGUGCGCGUCGCUCGCGUAGGCGACAACUAUUAUACCGUCUCGCGGCUCGACGGGAAGUUCGAGUUGGAUGAGUGGCCGGCGAGCCGCUCGCCGUGCAAGGUCAAUGAAUGGCUAGAUUACUACGGCUGCAAGGACGCGGAGUGGCGCAGCCCGGCUGAAUUUCUAUGA